CAUCACUCAGCAGCCAAGACAGGAAAAAUAAUAAAAUAGUAAAAAUGAAGUUUUUGAUUUAAUUUUCUUUCUUGCAUCAAAAUUUGGUUUCUGGAAACUAUACACUACAGCUACUGCGUCUAUCCUGUUUCGCUCCUUUUCUUACUCUGCCUCUUCCCCUGCCUGCCAUAUCCUUUCUCUUCUUCUUUCCCAUUACCAUUAUUAUUGCUGCCAUUUCGUUGCGGCCGCCUUCUUCCUGCUUAAGGUUCUCUUUCUCCGUCCUUUUCAUUUUGAUUCCUUUUCUGUAUUUGCUGAACUGAUUAUACCCCUUUUCAGCUGCUGCUGCUUGGUUUCUUUCCUCUGCAAUUUUCUCAUUUGGGUUGUUUCCAUUAUCCUUUGAUUCUCUCUCAGGGCUUCUAGAUUGGGGGUCAACCCUCCAUAGUUUCUGGUCAGAGUAAUCCAAGAUAAUCCCACCUUUUUGCUCAUGGUGAGCCCAAUCGACCACCAAAUGACGGGCGGCGGUCCCAGGGACCUAGGACCGGCGUGGUUGAAACCAAUGCUGAGAGCCAGCUACUUCCACCCCUGCCCUUUCCAUGGCGAUUCCAACAAGAGCGAAUGCAACAUGUUCUGUUUGGACUGCUCUGGCACUGCUCUCUGCUCUUAUUGCUUGAUCAACCACAGAGACCACCGUGUGGUUCAGAUUCGACGAUCUUCGUACCACAACGUGGUUAGAGUAAACGAGAUACAGAAGUACAUAGACAUUGCCUGCGUCCAGACUUACAUCAUCAACAGUGCCAAGAUUGUGUUCUUGAACGAGAGGCCUCAGCCUAGGCCAGGGAAAGGGGUUACCAACACUUGCGAGAUAUGUUGCAGGAGCCUCCUCGAUUCCUUCCGGUUCUGUUCCCUCGGAUGCAAACUGGGAGGCAUGAAGCGAGGAGAUCGAACCCUCACAUUCUCAAUCCGGGAGAAGUACAACAACAACAACAGAGAUCAUCACUUCCUGGGAGAGUUCGACUCCGAGGAUGACGAUGAUGAAUCGUCCACUCCCAAGAAGAUCAGGAGAACCAAUUUUUUCAAUCGCUUGAUGGACAGGCUAUCCAUCCACUCCAUCAACAGCGGAGCCGGGGAUGGAAGGGACAGCUCGGGGGAUGAAGCUGCGACCAACAUUUCCCCAUCAACUCCUCCCAUAUACAAUCAUCGAAACGCCAGGAGGAGGAAGGGUGUACCUCAUCGCGCCCCAUUCUGAAGCCAAGAAAACCACUGGGAUGGUUUUCUAUGUAGCAGUAUACUAAUAGUAGUAGUGUGUAGCUAGUGAAGCAGUAAAACCUUUACACUGAUACAUAUAUAUUCAUACAAACGGUAGGAGUUGGUAUAGUUUGUUGUCUGGUGUGGGUGUAUAUAUUCAGCUAGCAAGGAGGAGGAGAAUAUAAAGGGUAGUAGCUAAUCUAUGAUGCUCUGAUAAUUAAGAGCUGGUGGUCAGUUUAGUUAUAGAAUGCUGUCUCUUUUCCCUUUGUGAUAUACAUUACUAGGGUAUUGUAGGAAUGUAGCAACCCAGUGUACUGAAAACUGUAUAUAUGUAUAAUAUGCAUGUAUAGGUAUGUUUGGUUGAUGUGUGUACUUCAUACCAAUACAGGAAACGGCUCUUGGCCUUGAGCAAGCUUCUUACAUGGCCUGUAAAUUCAUAUGAAUGUGAAUUGUCUUAUUGGGUUUACAAUGUGAUGUGUUAUGGGGGCAUUGAUGAUGUUCAUUAUGGGUUAAGGACAUGGAAUUAGGAGGUUUUGUGCUAGUAAGAGUUGCUUUUGUUGAUUCUGUACUAGUUUUGGGCUCAUCCGUGGAAACAAAGUGUCCCCAGAAGUUUGGGGGGUUUUGGUUGGGGGGAAACGACAAAACCGGCAAUUUUAAUGUAAGCAGUGGCAGUGACAAUGAAUGCUGCUGCUGCUAAACACUGCAUACUCCUUAUCCAGACGAGUUCUUGUUGUCCUCGAUCCGGGUUGCCUUUGUUUUUGUUGCCCAACUGUUUUCUUUCGAGUAAAUUACUUGGGGACGUGGCAUUGCGUAACGCAAUUUGGGAAUUCUGAUAGGGUGGGGCCUGGUCUCCUUCUAAGUCCGGCUAUCUCAUAUUGACUAAAAUAUCUCAAAGUAACUCAAAGGUUUGUUUUUUAAUUUUUAUUUUAUCCAAGGUAAGUCCACAGGUCAUGAUCGUCUACAGUCAGAUUCCCGAUAAAAGAGUCUGUUUCAGCUACGAGGUGGGCAGCUUUGUUGAAACUUCAAUUAGCAAAGUAGAACGAGAAAAUCGGAUACAAAAAUUAUAUCAAAAUUAUCUGAGAAUGAUUCAAUAUUCAUGCCCAAAACAGGUGAAACAAAUCGAAUACAACAAAUCAUAUUGAAAUUGGCAUCAUCUCUAAGCAAGAAGAUGUUAUUAAUUGUUAUUGGUGCAUGGUAUAUUGACUCUUGGUAGUUGGUAGGGUUGAAGAGGAAGAAGAGGUGGGAGUGGUGCAGUCUCUACCUGACUGAGGUUUCUGCUUUAGGUAACACCUCCCACCCGGGCCCCGGCCCUUCAUCUUCGAUCGUCGACGUUGUAUUAUUGGUUUUUAUUCAACCUAGAUUCCUUUUCAUGAUGGAUAAGGAGGAUUGUGAAACAAUAAAACAACCCCUACUCUACAGACUUAACACAUUGGAAUGCUCCAAUAAUAAUAAUAAUAAUAAUAUAAAAAAAAAAAGAGUCCAGAAAACGACAUGCAUAUGCUCUAUCAGUCCAAAUAAAACGUACUCCCCUUCUCCUUGUGUAUCAUAAUCAUAUCCUAAAUUAACCUUUUCCCUCACCUUGCUUUCCCCCGCCUCGAUCCUGUUUCUUUUCUCUUCCCAUUUACAAAUCUCAAAUAAGCAAGUGAUAGUAAUUAAGAACAGCAGCCAGUGUAACAAUGAACGCUUCAGGGGUUA